AUGAAAUUUUUAAUAAAUAUAAAACGAAAAUUUUUUAAUUGUAUUGAUAAUACAAUUGAUUGCUAUAUUAAUUUUCUUUUAAAAUAUUCAUAUAUAGUUUUAUUUAUAUUUACUGUUAUUCCAAUUACCUUAACAUUAUAUAUUAUUAUUCAAUAUCAUAAUUCUAUAAGUAUAAAUCCACGAGAAGGAUUUGAAUGUAGAAAUACAAAAUUGGCAAAUGAUAGGUUGGCUUUUAUUAAUCUUGAAUCAAAAAUAGCAUCCAUCUCAGAUAUCUUAAUAUUUAAUCAUAAACAAAAAAGAGAUAUCAAUUAUUUAUCUAGUGUAAUGAUGACGACUGAUGAUUAUUUAUGGGAUUUGUCAAGUUCAAGUGAAAAUGAAUGGGAUUUGGGAAAUUUUUCUGAAAUUGAUAAUAUUUAUAAAAUUAUGAAAAGAGAGGAGGAGGAAGGCAUCACAACAACAACACCAGAUACAUUUACUAUUAAUUAUGAUGAUUACGGUACAUUUCAGGGAACAACAAUAAAUGACAUCAAAAAUCCAUGUUUUCAAUAUUUAGCUUUAGGUAGUCAAAUUCCAUACACAUCAAUAGAUAUGUUUACAAAAUUAAUAUUUGAAAUAUCCUCUUAUAAUGAAUUAUUUACGCAAAAAACAUUUCAAGAACUUUGUAAUAUUGAUCAAAUUGUUAACAAAAUUAUUAAAAAAUAUAAACAAUUAAGUAAUAAAAUAAUUGAUUAUCCUCAACAACAACUUCCAUAUUCAUUUAAUUUACCAUUAUAUACAUUUUGUAUUAAUAUUAAUGCUACCGGUAAUAAUGAAGAUAUCUGUCAACAAAUACGUGAAGAAGACAUUCUUCAACUAAAAGAAGAAACCUCUGAAUGUUUUGUAAAUAAAAGUAAUAGUGUUUGUAGGACGGUGGUUGCUUCUCAACUUAAUAAUUAUAUGAUUGAAAAUAAUUAUGAAAAUAUUCUUAAUAAUCAGGAUGAUUAUAAAUUAAAAAUUGCCACAAUAAUACCUAUAUUUAUUGGUAAUCCAAAAGAUUAUUAUUAUUUUUCUGAAGAAUUAUUAAAUAAUUUAAAAGAAAUUUUUAAUGGUAACAAUGGUAUUCAAUUAAUGGGAGUUAAUAUGCUUUCAAAAGACUAUUAUUUUCAAAUAUAUUUAUUUAAUGAUAUGUAUUUAGGAAUAUUAUCAUUUUUUUUGGUCGUCUUAAUGAUAUGGUUGUAUACGGGAUCAAUUAUUUUUACUUUUGUUGUCUUGUUAGACUUAAUUUUUUCAUUAAGUAUAGCAUUCUUUAUUUAUGUUGAAAUAUUUAAGAUAACAUUUUUUCCUUUUAUAAAUAUUUUAGUAGUAAUACUUAUAGCUGCAGUUGGUUCUGAUGAUACAUUUAUCUUAAAUUAUGCCAAUAAAAUUGCUUUUAAGAAACUUUUAAAACGAAAUAAAAUUGAUACAUUUCAUCCAGUACCCCAAGACAAUUUACCUAAAAUUAGUUUUUUGGGUAGAUCAGUAAAUCUUUCUAUAAAUGAAAGAAAUAUUACAGAAUUUGAGUAUCAAGAAAUAUGUAAAGAGGCAAUCAAAAUUGCCUUUCGAAAUUCAACCAUUUCAAUGUUUGUAACUUCUGUCACAACAGCAAUUGCCUUUUUUUCUAAUAUUUCUUCAUCAAUUGUUGUUGUUAAAUGUUUUGGUAUUUUUGCUGGAAUAACAUUACCAAGAAAUAAUCCAUUACAAAUUUUAAGAAGUUCACACUCAUUUGAAUGGUUUGAUGAAUACUCAAAAGAUUAUUUUGAUUUUGAAAAUUCAUCAACAUUAAUGCAACAAUUUAAUAUAUUAUUUGGAUUAAAACCUACAACUGAUGCCAGUGAGUAUAAUAUUAAUGAUAUUGGAAGUUUACAAAGUGAUGAAAAUUUUAAUAUUAAUACAUUUCAAAAAGUAUAUCACUUAAGUGAUAUUGUACAUUACAUAAAUCAAUCAGAUAUUCGUUAUCAAAAUAGUUUGGGUGGGAAAACAUUAUGGAUUGAUUAUUAUAUAGAUUAUAUUAAUGAUAAAAAUUGUUCAUUUAUCGAAAGUAGUUGCUGUAAAAGUAAUACAACAUCUAUUUUUGAUUAUACAAAUUUUAGUAUAUGUUCUUUGGAAUUUUCUCAAAAACGUUUAGGUGUCAAAUUUCCCCAAGAUAUUUUUGCUACAAUUUUUGAUGAUGGUCCAAUUUUUGAGAAAAAAUCAAUGAAACUAAUUGCAUAUUAUAUAGUUGGACCAACAAAAUACAAAUUAUCUAUUCAAUAUAAAGAGAUUCAAAAAUUAUUUGAUGAAAUGUUAUUCUUAAAUUAUCCACAUAAAGAUGACUUCCCAAAACCAAUAAUUCUUUCAUCACCAGAAGUGACUAAAGUUUAUGAUCUUUUCAAUACACUAUCUAGUGAUAUUUUAAUUUCAAUAACUUUUUCAUUAACAAUAUCUAUAGUUGUUAUUGGAUUCAUAACACGUCAAUUAAUGUUAACAUUUAUAACAUUAAUAUGUAUUACAAAUGUUAUUACAUUAACUAUUUCUACAGUUUUAUGGAUUGGAUGGAAAAUAAAUGUUCUUGAAACUACAAUUAUUGUUUUAACUAUUGGAUUGUCAUUUGAUUAUACACUUCAUUCUGCAGUAGCUUACAAAGAAAUCCACCAUAUCAUCUGUUUUACAGCAUUAGAUAAAAUUUUAGAAUUAACAUCACACAUAAUUGAACCAAUAUUAUGUGCCACAAUUACCAAUGUAAUAGUUGGAUUCAUAAUCAUAUGGUCAAAAACUCAGGCUUUUUUUGAAAUUGGUGCUUUCAUGAUUAUUAUGUCAUUAUAUAGUCUAUUAAGUUCACUAGUCAUAUUUCCAAUUUUAAUGAUUUGUUUUGGAGAUAGAAUAAAUAUCAAUCUACCAAAAAUCAUCAAGAUGAAAUUAAGAAAAUAA